ACCUACGCUUCAUAUUCUUACACUGAAAUAGCAGCCAUCUCUCUUAGAGAUCGAAGCCGGAAGAGACUGCGACAAUGGGUGCCUAUACCUAUGUAUCGGAGCUAUGGAGGAAGAAGCAGUCGGAUGUCAUGAGAUUUAUGCAGAGGGUGAGGUGCUGGGAGUACCGCCAGCUUCCUUCCAUUGUCAGGGUUACUCACCCUACCCGACCCGAUAAGGCUCGUCGUAUGGGUUACAAAGCCAAACAGGGCUAUGUGAUCUAUCGAGUUCGUGUGAGGCGUGGUGGAAGGAAGAGGCCAGUUCCCAAAGGUAUUGUGUAUGGAAAGCCAACAAACCAGGGAGUUACUCAGCUGAAAUUUCAACGCAGCAAGAGGUCUGUUGCUGAGGAACGAGCUGGGAGGAAAUUAGGUGGUCUUAAGGUUCUCAACUCUUACUGGCUCAAUGAGGACUCAACUUACAAGUACUUUGAGGUGAUCUUGGUGGAUCCAGCUCAUGCUGCUAUCCGCAACGAUCCAAGGAUCAACUGGAUCUGCAACCCUGUGCACAAACACAGAGAGCUUCGAGGACUCACAUCUGCCGGUAAGAAGUACAGAGGACUGCGUGGAAAGGGACACUUGAACCACAAGGCACGUCCCUCAAGAAGGGCUACCUGGAAGAGGAACAACACUUUGUCUCUUCGCCGUUAUCGUUGAUCAUCAUAACUAUUUAUCCAUCCAUCCAUCCAUCCAUUAUCAACAACUUUCUUUUAUUUCCUUGUGUUGUAGUGAUACUAAAUUUUGGGGUUCAAGACCUGGAAUGUUUUGUUUCAAUUUUGAUCUAAACUUUUCGCGGAGGUUGUUGUUUGAGAUAUUUUUCUAUUGCGACAUCUUUUUA